AUCGCCAAAGCCAAUUUGGGUUACUCGGUCCUGACGGUUUAUCUUUUAAAGUGCUGAUAGGGACAGAGAUUUUCUCUAUUCAUUGGAUAGAUCAUGUGGCUCGGAGUGUGAAGACCGUGGCUGCGAAUAAAAAGCCGGUAUCACGUCACUUGCUGUAAUCGUAACGCAGCAAAGGCGAAUUCACACCGUUCGUGCCACGAUACUUUCUCCGCGUACACUGUAGCCACCGACAGCAGCAUCUUCUUGAAUUUCUUAUAAGUCGGACCUUGCAUUGCGCCGUCCGCCAUAUACGGCCACUAGGCACGCCCACCAAAGAACCGAAAUUUCUUCAUCGCCAUAAAACAACAUACGCACUCAUGGACGACCCGCCUUCAUACUACUGCAGCGACUUCGCCAGCAGCUCCACACUCAGCGAUCAGGACGAAGUCCUCUCACCGACAACACUCUAUGUAGCUGGUCGCUUCAUUCAUUCCGCUGGUCCCCCAGCUCCGCCACUGUACGAGCUCUCUCACUCUGUGGGCUUUCUCAAAGACACAGAUCGCAAUGUGCGCGUAGAGAGGCUGGACUACUCGGUGAAACGGCGAGAUGGCGAGGCACAGAUAGCGGCGCGGAGGAGGCACAUCUAUGACUUGAAGCAUCCUGUACGAGUCACCUGCCCGACAUUUCCGUACCAUGCAGAGCCUACGUCGCGGCAGAGUCUCUGUACUUUUGGGCUAGAAAGCUUUCGGCCAAGGAAACUGUCGUCUACCAGAGGCUAUCGCAUUCGCCGCGCAACACACUCGCUUGAUCACCAGUUGGUACGCCGAAAUGUUCUCUUCUCAGCCGUUCCUGCAAGAGACAAGGCUGUUCGAUAUGAGUGGAGUGAUGGAGACGGCCAGCUUGUGGCACGAGAGGUGGACAUGAGCGAUCUGAUGACAUUAGUAAUCAGUGCCAUGAUGAGUAUUGGCGAGAGAGAUGCCUUGGUUUCGGCAUGGAUGUCAAGGGUAUGGGCUGAGCUUGCAAAUAAGAAGUGAAGAUGGGGUUGCGCGAAAGAGUUGAUCUAGGAAUUAUGGCUAGCCAGCAUUGAAGACUGGUAUGCUUGCCUGCAACGAUGACACGAACUGGCCGAUGCAUAUGAUAAUGAUGUAACGACAUGAAUUUCGGUGUAUAUAGCGAGACUUAGUAUAUGUCCCAUAGGCUUAUUUUUCCAUCCUUUGCCC